CGAUGACGUCAUUGUUGGGGUAUUUUCAAGAUGGCGGACAGUGACUGGGAAGCCGCUGUGUUCGACAGAUGAACACAACAAUUAAUGCUAACACGAACACCGGGCUUCAACACGCAGGAUGUUAGCUUGUGGACGCCCGGGAUUAGCGCCUUGAGCCGGGCGAGUGUCAGUCAGCGCUCCAGCGUCCGCGGCGAAGAUGCUAGCCUCCUCCUCCAAGAACAAAACCCGCCGCUGCUGCUGCUGCGCUGCUGGGCCGACGGGGAAGUGUCGAGCUGGCCGGUGGACCUGAGGCUCAUGGCAGCGACGAGUGAGCUCGGAGGCCCGUUGGUCGUCGACGUGAACGAGAACGAAGAAGACGAAGCACGACGACUCAAAUGUGUCUUGGCACUCCGACGAGCUGACGUCACCAGCGGGGGUCACCAGACCGGGGCGGGCUGCCUUGAGGUCAACGGUACCGACGACAUGCCGGACCCAGGUCCGAGGUCUCUCCCGGACCGCCUUACCUGCGACGACCACCUCGGUUUGAACGGAACCGCUGAGGCGCGGUGUGACUCGACGGCGGGGGGAGGAGGAGAUGAAGGAGGAGGUACCGGCGUCGCCACCGCUUCCUGUCCAGCUGUGACAGUGGCGACGUCGCGGCACACCGGGAAGAACCGGACUAGCGUAGCGGACUUCAGUGGCUCAAUCAGCCUGGCGGAGGAGGCCACAGACGGCGACGCUGGGCCGCCAUGCUCUGGAACGGGAUUGAGAAAGUCCAUGACCAUGGAACCUAAAGCAGGCAUACACAACGGGGAUGUUGAUGGUCCUGUGGACUUGUGUGGUCCCCAUGUGGAUCACUGGACCCGGACGCUGAAUGUCCACAAAGAAGCUACAGGAGUCAAUGGUGGCUUCCAUGCCUGCAAAGAAGCCCAGACUGGUGUUUGGAGCUCGGGUGACUGCAGCGGGGGUUCGGCUGGCCUGCCCGCCUCUGUGGACUCCCUAGACCUUGAAUCAAGUUCCAGACCGCUCUCCCCCAGCUUGUCCGCCGCCUCCUCAGGACUGAGCGAGGACAGCUCGCCUUCUGAGGAAGACUCCCCCGGGCCCAGUUUGGUCGUCAGGCCUCGCAGUCUGAGGACCGACCAGAACCUCACAGUGUCCCGUAGCUGUGACGCCACCCCAAUGUCCCCCUCCGAUGAAGGGGGGUUCUGUUUUGGGGACGAGGGAGACUUUCGGAACAUUUUUGAAGCAGGUCGAAGGCAGAGUGCGCCGGACCAGCUACCGGACCUCAGUAUGCAGCUGGACAGUUCAGAGUCCAGACUGACGCCCAAGAAGUUUGGAAUAGCAGAUUUCUUCACCAGGAACCUGUUUUCAAGAAAAGCCAAAGAGUCCAAGGCGCUGUCCCACAAUGCAUCAGGUUGGCGACUGUUUGGCAAACCCAGAGAGGAGGAUGCCACCAAAGACUCGGCCCCCGUAUCCACAGAGCAGUGCGUCCUGCCUGGCGGGAGGAGGAAGAACCUGGAGUUUGAGCCUCUGUCCACCACAGCGCUCAUCUUGGAGGACCGGCCCUCGAACCUUCCUGCCAAAUCUGUGGAAGAGACACAAAGACACAAACUGGAGUACGACGAGAUGGUGGCUGGCGCCAAGAGACGAGAGAUGAAGGAAGCCCAGAAGAAGAAGCGUCAGAUGAAAGAGCGACAUCGACAUGAGGAUAGCAUCUCCAACGCCAUGGUGGUCUGGAACACGCAGAUCCUCCCCCACUGGGACACAAUGAAGGGUACGCGGCGCGUCAGGGAGCUGUGGUGGCAGGGACUGCCCCCCGGCAUCAGAGGUCGUGUGUGGAGCCUCGCCAUCGGCAACGAGCUCAACAUCACAGCAGAGCUCUACGACAUCUUCCUGUGUCGCGCCAAAGAGAAGUGGAGGAGCUACAGCGAGACCAGCUCGGUCAACGACAGCGAGAGCGACGGGGGGGCGUCACUGGCCGACAGAGAGUCCAGUCUGGAUCUUAUCAAGCUGGACAUCUCCAGAACCUUCCCGUCUCUCUUCAUCUUCCAGAAGGGCGGUCCCUAUCACGACCUUCUCCACAGCGUGCUGGGAGCGUACACCUGCUACCGACCUGACAUUGGAUACGUGCAGGGAAUGUCCUUCAUCGCUGCCGUGCUCAUCCUCAACCUGGAGGAGGCCGAGGCCUUCAUCACCUUCGCCAACCUGCUGAAUAAACCUUGUCAGAUGGCAUUCUUCAGAGUGGACCACGAGCUGAUGUUGAAAUAUUUUGCCGUCUUUGAGGUGUUCUUUGAGGAGAACCUGCCUCGUCUCUUCAGCCACUUUCAGACCAGCAAUUUGACUCCUGACCUCUACCUGAUUGACUGGAUCUUCACGCUGUACAGCAAGUCCCUCCCGCUGGAUGUGGCGUGCCGCGUGUGGGACGUCUUCUGCCGGGACGGCGAGGAGAGUUUGUUCAGGACCGGUUUGGGAAUCCUGCGUCUAUUCGAGGACGUUCUGCUGCAGAUGGACUUCAUCCACAUCGCUCAGUUCCUCAGCCGCUUACCCGAAGACCUCCAGGCUCACACGCUGUUCGCCGCCAUGGCUAGCACGCACAUGAUCAGCAGGAACCGCCGCUGGGCUCAGGUUUUUUCUUCAGCGCAGCCGAGGGAUAAAAGCAAAGAAGCAGAUAAGAAUAGAAGCCCCGCCCUCAGAAGCUGACAAGCCCACUCCUGACUUUCGCCCGGUGGGUCAUCCAAUCUUCUUUGUGGUGCUCAGACAUCUUUGCUCGCUCGCAGCGUUCCACGUAGAUAUGAGGAACGUUUUAGUUUAACUUCAAGUCAAGCAGAACCUUCCUGUUCGCUCGGCAGGGCUGUUUAGCCUCAAUAGAGUUGAUUUAAAAGGGACCGGGGCGACGCGCUUUACUUACACUCCUAAGUCAGCAGGGGGCAGCAUUCCGGCUAUGAAUGACAAAUAAAAGAAACUCCAGAGAAAUAUGAUUCCCUAGAUGAGUCAUUGAUGUAUGGAUCGGGUGUUACAAAAACGAAUUUUAUUUACAUAUUUUAACAUUUCUUUUCUACGUCAUGGAAAAUAUGCAUGUGACAUUUAUUGUCAGCAUUUUACUGUACAGGUUUUUUUUGUUUUUUUUUUCCCUAAAUGCCUUACAGGUGAUGUCAAGAUGCUUUUCAUAAUAACAAGUCGCGAGCAAAUAUGUAAAUAAAUACGUCAGCAAGUGACUUUUUUUGAGUGACUGUUUUUUUUUGUUGGUGAAAUGAACUUUAUCAUGCACAUGAUAUUCUU